AUGGAGGGUGAAGAGGUCAAGACAUCAUUAUCAUCAGAAGGGACAUUCGAACUCCGGCUGGUCAACGUUCAGAUGUAUGAUACAGGACGCUAUACAUGUACUGCUUACAACGAGUACGGCCAGGCCAGCUCAACGAAUGUGCUCUACCUUCAAGACAAAGGUCAACGCCCGAUAUUCGUGAAGGCGCUAAAUCCGGUGGAAACAACGGACGGCUCACCGGUAGUUUUCGAAUGUCGCGUCGUGGGAACUCCGACGCCCUCAAUCCGUUGGUUCCAGAACCGGCGAGAGGUGAAACCAUCAGCGGAUUUCCAACCCGAGUUCGAUGCCGUCACAGGUUUCUGCAGAUUAGUGAUAUCGGAGGUGUACCCGGAUGAUCAAGGGAUAUACACAUGUAGAGCCACCAACCCUUUCGGAGAAGACGAAACAACAGCUCCACUGACCGUGACCGAUGUCGAACUCCUCGAAACUUCCGACCUGAGCGUCCAGCCUAGGUUUCUGGUGCCCCUAGAGCCGACGACAGCGCUUGAGGGGAAUCCAGUAGAGAUGAAGGUCGAGGUCAUCGCAGUGCCGCCUCCCGCGAUCCAGUGGUUUUUCCACGGUCGACCGAUCACUACUUCGAGGGACCAUAGAAUCAAAACGAAAGGCAAAAAGUCGAAUCUGGUCAUACCAGAAGCUUUCGCAGAAGAUUCCGGGCCUUAUGAAGUUUCCGCUGUCAAUAUCGUGGGUACGGCGAAAACGAAAGCGAAUCUCACCGUGAUACCCCUCGACGAGCAAAGUGCCACCGCCUCGCGGAAACCGCAAUUCCUGGUCGAGCUCCUCCCUGUGACUGCUCAGGAAGGACAGCGCGCGGUUUUCCGCAGCCUCGUUUCGGCGGUCCCGAGCGCCAGUAUAAGCUGGUAUCACAAGCAUCGACUCAUCAAGUCGUCCCGUGAUUUCCAGAUAAUUACGGAAGACAACAAGUCCACGCUCAUCAUAAAUGAAGUAUUUCCUGAUGACGAGGGCGAGUUCACAUGCACCGCGGUGAAUACCUUCGGCAUGGCUCAGAGCAAAACAACGUUGACGGUUGAAAAGAUCGAGUCGUCGGAUGACGAAUUGGAAGCACCGAGGAUAUUGAAUCCUCUCAAACCGUUGUCAGUGAUGGAUGGUGGUGAAGCGAAAUUCGUCGUGCUGAUAACGGGUCAUCCACAACCGAAGGUAACCUGGUUCCACAAUGACGUCGAAGUCAAGCAGAACGAGGAUAUCUGGAUGACUCAAAGAUCUGACGGCUACUGCGAACUCUUCAUUUCUGAAGUCUUCCCUGAGGACAUGGGUGAAUACGUUUGCAAGGUCACGAAUAAAGCUGGAACCGUAUACACCAGGACCACGCUAACAGUUGAAUCAUACGAGUAUAUCGCCGAUUCCGAGGUGGCCACCGUUAGCCAGAGUCUAGAUACUACGCUCGAAUCGAUUCACACAGCGUCGUUGAGCUACUCAGAACUCGAUACUGACGCAGACUUCUCAAUCGAAAUCCCUGAUCUGCCGAUGGACGAGCCUUUGAGUAGCAGUGAAUUGGCAAGCCUAGACGCCAAGGCCACCGGUCAUCCCAGACCGAAGAUCACUUGGUACAAAAACGGCGAAAUUCUCAAGUGGAGUCCGGAUUGUCAGAUCUCCUACGAUACAACCGGCAUUUCCACAGUGACGUUCCACAGGACAGAGCUUGAGGAUUUCGCCUUUUACGUUUGCGAAGCUAAAAACGCAUACGGUGUAGACAUGACCGAAUGCGAACUCGUGCAGCUAGACAUGAAGAGCAUGCGACCAUUGCGCAAGAUACCAACGCACGACAACAAGUUGAAACUCGACUUCAAACCUCAGAAACCGAAGUUUGAGCGCGGGCUAAAACCCGAAUAUCUGAAACCGCUGGGUACGCCCGUCACCUUGGAGGUGAUCGUUCGAGGACGCCCGAAACCGGAAUUCACCUGGUACUUCCACUCUGAGGAGAUCACAGAAGAAGACUCGCGAUUUUCGAUGACAGUCCUGAACGAUCGUUGCAUGCUACACAUUCUCGAGCUUACUUCCCAAACAGAGGGUUCGUACACCUUCACCGCGGUCAACGAACACGGUCAAGCCACCACUCAAACCCACGUUGUUGUCGGAGAGUACGAAGAGACCGCGCCGUUGCAGCCUGAGCAGCCGACGCAGACCGAAACCGCACCGCAAGCAACAUCAGAAGAUUUGGUGAUGUUGCACUACAAGGUCGGCACCUCUGAAAUUACCGAUACGGCCGUUUCGGUGACCCAAACAACGACUAGAUCUGAGAUCGCGACCAGAGACACAUUGACCGAAUCUUUGGCCGACUCGAGGCUUCAGUAUUUGCCGGGACCCAUGGAGGGGAUCGCUACCGAAGAACUGCCCUCCCAGAGACCGAAGACAUCCACGAAGACCAUGGGUCAGCAAGCGAGGGAAUUCGCUAGCAAAAUCAUUCCGAAACCUUUGUGGCCUUUCAGUAUGUGGUCCGGAGGCGAACAGCCGACUCAACCCGAAGAACUUAUCGGAGAGGCUCCGCAUCCGGCGGGAAUCCGCCCGGGACAGGUGGUCAGAGAGACUCAUCCGGGCGAGGUGAUUCCAGAGGCUUCGAAAAAACCGAUCGUGACCGACACUUCGGAUAUAGCUCCGGAGACUCAAGCUUCAAUGGAGUUCCUUCCUGCUGAGCAAAGUCCAAUCCAGCGAGGGCUCGUGCUGCAACCUCUGCAACCGGGAGAGAUUCUUCCCGGUGUCCCGCAGAGCGUCAGUUUCUACGGUCAACCGAGAGCCCCGCAAUUCCCUACGGGUCAACAAGCAAGACUUCCACAUCCUGCUUUCAUCAGACCAAGCCAUCCCGCUUACAGACCAGUUUUGGGAGUCGCAACGACUCCAUUGAGGCCGUCGAUGCCCGGACAGGCUUCCAUCCAGCCUGUAUCAACACCUCAGACGCAAGAAACAAUAGGCGAGAGCGCUCCGCGUAAACCAAUCGAAGUUCAUAUGGUGCCAACUCGGGCCGGAAGAUGGGUCCCCGCUAGGAAAGUUUCGGAGCCAGGUACUGCGCCGAAAUUCACGUGUCCUCUGGAGGAAGUUAUGGUCACCCUAGGACAACCAGCCACUUUGGAUUGCCGAGUAAUUGGCAAGCCGAAGCCGAAGGUCACCUGGUUCAAGGAGGGUGAACCGCUGCAGUACACGCCGGACGUAAAGGUAUCCUACGACACCGAGGGAACCUGCCAAUUGGUCAUCCCAACAACUGAAGAGGACCAUUUCGGACACUAUUACGUAGAAGCGAAGAACAGAUAUGGUGUCGAUGUCACCCAUACAGAGCUCGUACAGAUCGGUUAG